UGGCCCUGCUAAAGGUUACUGAUGACCUCAAUGCUGUAAAGCCAGAUAUGAAACAGUGCCAUUUGGAUGUUCUGAAUGUUAACGUUCCCUUGGUCUACAGAGGAGCAGGCAAAGCAGCAGAGGUGGUGGUGGUGUCCUAUUUUUGGAGAGGCUAUCAGCAGCCCAGCGGCAUAGGUCUGAGUGACAGGACAAGUGUUGCGUUGGACCCUCCCCUCGCUCAUUUCAGGCAGGAAUUUCUCAGUGUAAGCAGACACAGACCCCCCUCCCAUCAUAUUUCUCCCUCUUGCUCUCCCUUGGCUACGAUGGUUGGCCCACGCUGGGUAUGGGUGGGCGCACAGAAGUGUGUGUGUGCAUGUUUGUGUGUGUUCAGGUGUGAGUGUCGGCUGUGGAGCUGGAGUCAGAGAGAAGUCAGCGCCCGACAGUGUGGCAGGCAAAGUGUAGGUCAGAGCUCUCUGAGGGGGCCCUGACCGCUGACCAUGGUGCCUAAGCACUGAGGGCCCCCUGGACAAAAUUAAAAUACAAAAAGGAGCGGAAAAUAACCAAGAAAAAGAAGAAAAGUUUAAAAACAAUAGAGAGAACAGCACAAUGGUUGCGGAGGAAGUGAUAAUUACAUUGUCCGGAGGAGCGCCAUGGGGCUUUCGUCUUCAGGGAGGUGUGGAACAUCAGAAACCGCUCCAGGUGGCUAAGGUGCGUAAACGCAGCAAAGCAUGUAGGGCUGGACUGCGGGAGACUGAUGAGCUGGUGUCCAUCAAUGAACAGCCAUGUGAAAUGCUAUCCCACGCCCAGGCCAUGAACCUCAUCGACAGCUCCCCGGGUAUAUUACACAUCCGGGUCAAAAGGGCGCCUGCUGGUUUUCAGUCUGUGGUCCUUGUGACCCGUGCCCCAUCUCCUCGUAUAGACAAGGAGUACCGUGCUGCUCUGCGUGCCAUGACACCCCCCCACCAUGCACCCGUCCGUGAGGUCCACCGUAGCCGCUCCUCAAUAACCAGUGGCUUGACAUCUCCACCUGGUAGUGAAGCUUACUAUGCUGAGACUGACAGUGACGCAGAUGUGGCAGGCUUCGAGAGGCAGCGCCGGCAGAAACGCCGCAGCCCCAGCAACUCCAUCCCAGGGAAACCAACAGGACGAGCCUCCCCUGAGGGUGGGGAGACAUCAGAGAUGAGUGGCUAUGACAGCGCUCCAGAUGCACAACUUUACUCCAAUUUGUUGGAUGGACAUGGGGAAGGUGGAGAUGGAGGUGUGGGGCUACCUGGGGUGGCACGGAGGGAGGUGAUUUACCAGCCUCCUGGUCCAGGAAUGUGGUCUUCUCAGACAUCCACAGAGACGUCUUCCAUCAUCUCCUCAGCAGAAGACCAGGGGCCACGGGAUGGAGUGCAGGAAGAAGACAGCGGCUUACUGGAGCCAGCCAACGUGCCACUGGUAUCCCCUGAAAGGGCCAAGGAGGCACUGAUGCUGGGCUCCCGCAGCCAGCUUGUGCCCAUGGUGGGCCCUGUGAAUAAACCCAUCGAUGAGGAACUUACGACAACCUACAUGGAAAAGGCCAAGCAAGCCAAACUGAAUCGAGGAGAUACACAGCAAGACAAGCAUGUAAAGGAAGCCAAAAGCAAGUGUCGAACAAUUGCAUCCCUACUGACAGAUGCUCCCAACCCUCACUCCAAGGGGGUGCUGAUGUUCAAGAAGAGGCGGCAGCGGUCAAAGAAGUACACCCUCACCAGCUUUGGCAGUGUGGAUGAGGAUAGGAGUCUGGACUCACAAGAAGAGGAUGGGGUGUUUCCUGGCAGUGAGUCAGAGUUUGAUGAAGAUGGGUUUUCAUCAGCUCCUGACCCAACUUGGGAUAGUGACUACAUAGAUAUGCUAGAGAAGAGGGCAACUGCAGGCACUGAAGGUCGUGGGGAUGGGGCAGAGGACGCUCCGAGUCCAGGGUUGAGUCAGACUGCAGGCAAGGGCGUCCAAUUGUUUGAGCAGCAGAGAAAGAGGGCUGCUGAGCAUGCCAAGAAGGUGGAGGCGGCACAACCUCAGGCUCCUCCACAGUCUCAAGUCCAGGAGCAGGCUCAGGUGUAUCAGUUACAUCCAGAGAUACAACCACAGAUGCAAUCAAAUCUUCAGCCUCAGCAGAUGAUACCACCUGGUCCUCCAGUCAUACAGCAAGAGCAAUCCCAAGUUCCAGGUCCAGUUGCUGUUGCAGCUCAUGGCAUGUCUAAUGGGGACCUAUGCCAUUCUGAAAUUAGCACAGCAAGCCUGGUGAUGUCACCUCCACCUGUGGCACCCAAACCAGCUACUGCUUCUGUGACUAUUCUCACUAGUCAUACAUCACCGGUGGAGACACCAUUACCAGAACUACCUGCCAGUAAUGUUCUCAAUAGAACUGCACGUCCUUUCACACCUGGCUUUAUCAGCAUCCGAGCUGCGACCGUCCCUGUAACAUUCAGACCACCUGUUACAAAGACAAACCAGCGACCUGCCUCAGCAGCUGUUGUGACACCACCAUUUUUCAAUGCCUCUGAGGAAGCCAUUAAUGCUACAUCAGUAAUGGCACAGCUACCCCCUGGUCCUCCGUCAGUGCUCUCCCCGCCAUCCUCUAUACCUCCAGGUCCCUUGGCCCUGACACCAGAGGCUCCUGUUACCUUUCACCCUCCAGCCAUCUCUACCUCUGUAGAGACAAUGCAGGCAGCGCAACCAGUAACUACUGUUAAUCAGGCUCCAUUUGCAAAUGAGCCCCCAGUAUCUAUGUCUUCAAUGCACCCAGCUCCACAACCACAAGAACCAAUGGCUCCAGCCCCUGUUCAUCCUGUAUCCCAAAUUACCAGUUCAGCUCAACCAGUUGUAUUAAGGCCUCCAGUUCAAGUGCCAGUUGCUCAGCCACCUCCACCUCAAUUUUCCAUGUCACCUGUAGCUCCAGUGUCAGUGGCCUCCCAGCCAGAAGCUGUAGCUACAACCCCUGAUCCUGGUUCAGCAGGUCGCACAGGAAUCUUACUUGAGGCUCGACGGCGUGGUGGUAAACCCAAACCUAUGUUCAGUGUGCCAGAUGUCAAGAAGAACUCCCCCAAUCCUGAGCUGUUGUCCAUGGUGCAGAAACUUGAUGACACGUACACUCGGUACAAAUCUGGCCAACCACCCUCUGAGGUUACCUAUGAUGGUGCAGGGGAAGAGAGCAGUGGUGAGGCUGGUAUUGGGAGAAUGCCUCCACCAGUGGCACCCAAGCCUCGGGUUAUCCACGAGGCCCCACAGAUUCUUCAAGCAGGGGGCAAGGGGGCCCAGCUGUUUGCCCGCAGGCAGAGCCGCAUGGGUAUGUUUGUAGUUGACACCCCACCUGAGACCCCUUACCAACAGGAAGUGGCCUCAUACAGUGCAGCCCAACCCUUUGACUCCUCCUCUAGUUCUUCCUUACCUUCUCAUUGGAAGUACUCCCCAAAUGUCCGCGCCCCUCCACCCAUUGGGUACAACCCACUCCUAGCCCCCUCUAUUCCAACGGGGCCUCAAAGGGAUAAAGGGCCAGACAGCAGGGGUAGAGGGGGCUCCCAAAGAGAGGGCAUCAAAGCUCUGGAUUUCAUGAGAAGGCAGCCCUACCAGCUCAACUCUGCGAUGUUCAACUAUGGAGGCAGUGCUGCUAAUCUAUCAGGCAUGCCUUCUUACCAGGCCCAGAGGCAGCAGCAGGGUGACUAUACAACAAGAAUGGUGGGCAGCUCAUUAACCUCACCUAGGCAGAUCCCCCUGAAAACCGCCCGUGUCUAUGAGGUCAAGCGAUUCUCCACACCCACACCAAUGUCAGCUCCCACUCUGGCUCCCAAAGUCAUUGCACCCCGCUCAGCCACUACCCUUGGAGAACGUCUGACUCACUCCAGCAUGAUCUCCCCACCGCCUGCUCUUUUCACUCCAACCCUGGCCCCUCCCUUGACACCCGCACCAGUCAGUGCUCCAACCCCAGCUUCACCUCCCUUCCAACCAGCUGGACUACCCUGCCUGCCAAAAUUCUCUACCACCCCUAUUCCAAACCCUGUGCCCGCUGCGGUCCCUACACCUUACACUCCAGUCUCGUACACCACUGGGCUCCAGGCAGCCAAGCAGUUCCAGAGCGCCCCCGAGCUCAGUAUCCUUUCCUCUUUGCCCCCGGUCAAAUCCAACCCAGUACAGGCACCCAAACCACAUUUUGUAGCAACCAGGGGAGGCGUUCAGCCCCGUGUCUGGAGGCCAGGGGCAAUGUGAACAGCAGCAAAUCAGCCACCUCCACAAUUUGACAUCUUCAUGUAGUAUUCAUUUAGUGCUGUAAUUGUUUAAGUCAAGCAUAAAAGCCAAAUAUCCGUUGGUUCCAGUUUCUAAAAUGUGACAUUUUUCUGCUUUUUGAUAUCUUUUUGGUGGGUUUUGGGUGGUUGGUUAAAAAAAAGCAUUUUGAAUAUAUCACCUUAGGCCUUAGGAAAUUGUGAUGGGCAAUUCCCAGUAUUACCUGAUAUUUUAUCAAUUAUUAAUCAAUUACGUGUUUCAUAAUGGUAAUAGAUUAUAAGCAUCUACUUGCUGUUAAAAAUGCUGCUUAUCAUAUUUAUUUUGCUGCCAACACAUUUACUCACACAUGUAUCUGAGUGAAAAUAACAAUAGGGAAUACUAGCACAUACUGUAUGCUGUAUAGUCCACCAUAUGCCUGUCCUGGGGGAGGUUUGUGUAAGGCUUCUGGAGAUCUCUUUCUUCUAAUUUAGCAGAAAUACCAUCCAAACAGAGCCUGUACUGAAUUAUUCUUUGAAACUUGAAAUGUCUGACAGAUGUUCAAAAUGAACAGUUGCGGUUCUGACAAUAGGAUUAAAUCCCUGAAGAUUUAUGUUGUAGUAUGUUGACAGGUGGAGGAUCAUAAGGCAAAAGUAGAGGGCUUUUAUUUUUGAACAUGUAAUUAUGUUAUUCAACACUACUACUACUAACUGAUGUGCACAAAAUGUUUUUUUUUACCCUCUGUAGCAUUAUUGAGAAGAAACUCAUGAUGACCUAGUCUUCUCGUCCAGGGGUUUAAUGAUGCAUGACCAGUUGAAAACUGUAAAAUGUAUUUAAACGCCUCAGCACACUGUGAAACUAUGUGAGGACAAAGUUUGCUCUUGCAAAGUUUUAGUGGCUUGUGCAAAACACACCUGCUCACUAUAGCCAGCGAGAAAUGCAAUCUUUUGAAUGGGUCACAUUCAUCAAGUGCCUGGCUGUCACUCAAUGUACACUUGUCACUGGAUAUCAUUGCUUCUAAUUGCCACUUAGACAGAGCCUUCUUAGUAUCAGUGUGGUCUUUGCAGAUAUAUGUAACUUUAUUAAACCAAUAACACAGAUAAAGGAAUGUGUAUUUUGUUUUGUUUAAUUGUGAUUUAAUCUGAAGUGGUGCAAGGGGAAGUUGACUGGUACACCAGCAUUUGUAAAAGAAUUCAAGAUAUGAAGGUAGCUGUGGAGGGGGAAUAAAGGCAGUGUAAAGCUAGGCCAAAUAACUCAAUGGGGUCAUUGCCCAACAUUUCACAUAAAGGGUCAUGAUCACAUAUAGUUCUUUGGCAGAAAAUUGAGAUAUAUGGGUGAAUUGCACAGAGUAAUGAAAUCCCACAGCCUGUAGAGGUUAAAGGAGGAUGACAGGAAGGUUUCAGACCUGAGAUUUAUUGAUAAAGCUAAAGAAUCUGAUGGAGAGAAGCACAGUUUAGCUGGUGACUUUUUGGUAACAAUGGUUGUUAUAAAAAAAUAAGGAUUAAAGGUAUUUGAUGACUAUAUAGUAUAUCUUGAGAGACUGGUCAUGUUAAUGGUAACAAGUAAAAAACAAAUAAAUUAAUAUGUUGUUUUCAGUUUUGGAAUUCUUGGAGAGAUACUUUUGUUAUUUUUUACCAUUUUUAAAUGAUUUUAUCUCUUAAAGCUUUUUCUUGUAUUCAUAAUAUUGUGGCUGCCAAAAAUCUAGUUUGUGGAUAUAGUAGUAAUGAGGUGUAAAAUAUGAUAAAUACAUGUUUCUGGAUGUAGUUGGAUUAAAGAAUAAGUGUGAAAAUGUUUGUUAUUUAUGCUGAGUAGAGACAUUUAUACUGACAAGGAGACAAGACAUUUUUAGAGGAAUAAAAUUAGAUUUGAAAGCGCUUCACUUGUCUGACAUGUCUGAUUUUACACUGCCCCCUGUUGUUGAUUGUGUGAUCCUGCUCAUUUCUUUUAAUGGACAAUACAGUACAUGCAUGCAUGUAAUGAUAGUGUUAAGUUGAGCGGUGCAAUAAGUGUUACUGUAUAUUAGUUUGAAU